AGUGGUGAGGCGCGUUGCGGUGUGUCGGGUUGCUCAGCAGGGGGCGGUGUGGAGAGGGCCAUCGCUGUGAUACCGUGCGGUAAAUAGGGUGAGGAGCCGCCCCGUACACACCGAGCGGUGACAGGAGAGGAGGGCGGAGCCGGGGAGACCCAUACAAUCCCAGGGGAGAGUGAGAGAGAGAGAGGAGCAUCGUACGGAGGAGACCAUCUUCUCCUCCCGGGACACCGAGCUCAUCCACGGACCGGUUAAGAGUGAGCUAUGAAUGGUGAUUCCAGUGCAGGGGUGGUGACUUCACCACCCCCUACGAAUGCUCCCCACAAGGAAAAAUAUUUUGACCGGGUGGAUGAGAAUAACCCGGAGUACCUUAGAGAAAGAAACAUGGCACCUGAUCUUCGACAGGACUUCAACAUGAUGGAGCAGAAAAAGAGAGUUUCUAUGAUACUUCAAAGCCCGGCCUUUUGUGAAGAACUGGAAACCAUGAUCCAGGACCAAUUCAAGAAAGGAAAAAAUCCCACUGGGUUAUUGGCAUUACAACAAAUAGCAGACUUUAUGACCACAAGUGUACCAAGUGUUUACCCAUCAGCCCCACAGGGUGGAAUGGCAGCAUUAAACCUGAGCUUGGGAAUGGUCACACCUGUGAAUGAUCUUCGAGGCUCUGACUCCAUUGCUUAUGAAAAGGGAGAAAAAUUGCUUAGAUGUAAACUAGCCGCAUUUUACCGACUAGCUGAUCUGUUCGGAUGGUCCCAGCUGAUCUACAAUCACAUUACAGUCAGAGCGAGUUCAGAGCAAGAACACUUCCUGAUUGUUCCCUUUGGACUUCUGUACAGUGAAGUUACUGCAUCUAGUCUGGUUAAAGUCAACCUACAAGGUGAAAUGAUUGACCGUGGCAGCACUAACUUAGGAGUGAAUAAAGCUGGUUUCACUUUGCAUUCUGCUAUAUAUGCUGCACGACCUGACGUAAAAUGCAUUGUUCAUAUCCACACCCCCGCCGGUGCUGCAGUGUCUGCAAUGAAAUGCGGCUUGUUGCCGCUGUCUCCAGAAUGUUUGUGUCUAGGAGAGGUGACCUAUCAUGACUAUCAUGGAAUACUAGUUGAUGAAGAAGAAAAAGUAUUAAUUCAAAAGAACUUGGGUCCUAGAAGCAAAGUACUAAUACUCAGAAACCACGGACUGGUAACUAUGGGAGAGACCGUAGAAGAAGCUUUCUAUUAUAUUCACAAUCUUGUGUCAGCCUGUGAAAUCCAGGUACGCACCCUUGCCAGUGCAGGAGGUCCAGACAACUUGGUACUACUAGACCCCACCAAAUACAAGAAAUCCCGAGCACCUGAGUCGCCAUCUGGGGAAGGAGUGGCACACCCAAAGUGGCUUGUUGGGGAGCAGGAGUUUGAAGCCCUCAUGAGAAUGCUGGAUAACCUGGGCUAUAGAACUGGCUACCCCUAUCGAUGUCCUGCCCUGCGAGACAAGGCCAAAAAGUACAGUGAUGUAGAGAUCCCUGCCAGCGUUACUGGCUACUCCUUUGGCAGUGACGGUGACUCAGGCACGUGUUCCCCUCUCAGACACAGUUUUCAGAAACAACAGCGCGAGAAGACAAAAUGGCUGAACUCUGGUAGAGCCGAUGAGGCCUCAGAUGAAGGGCAGAACGGAGGCAGCCCCAAGUCGAAGACUAAGGUGUGGACGAACAUUACACACGAUCACGUGAAACCCUUGCUGCAGUCUCUCUCGUCCGGUGUCUGCGUGCCAAGCUGUAUAACCAACUGCUUGUGGACUAAAGAGGAUGGGCUGAGAACUGCCACCUCUACUGUCCCUAGUCUGUUUGUCCCACUGAACACAGAUCCCAAGGAAGUGCAAGAGAUGAGGAACAAGAUAAGGGAUCAGAAUUUGCAAGAUAUUAAAACAGCUGGCCCUCAGUCUCAGCUCCUGAGCGGAUGUGUGAUGGAUCGGAGCAUGGUGCAGAAACUGUCAGUGUUCAGGGAUGCACCUCUAUCAGGCUGUUCCGAAACUCUUGAUGGGUUCGAUCUGUCAGAGCAGGCUUUUAGUCCAUCUAAAAUCCACUCAGUUAGAAAGGGAGAGUUGAUUACUGCAUCAAAAGCCAUCAUUGAGAAGGAGUACCAGCCUCACAUCAUAGUCAGUAAAGCCGGACCAAACCCUUUCAACAAACUGACAGACCGCGAGCUGGACGACUAUCGGAGGGAAGUUGAGCGUAAGCAGAGGGAUAUAACAGGGUCAGAGCUGGAACCAUGGUGUGAGUCAUUGGAGAGAGCAGAAAAUUCAGAGUCUCCUCACAGAGAAUUCCACACUGCUGUCAUCCACGCACUCAACAUCAAACCUGUGCGUUUGCAGAGUCCUUCAGAUCAACUAGAGGAGUUGGCAGAACACAAGGACAUACUCCCUGACACCUCCUUAGUUCGCACUCCUCCCAGCACACCAAUCAAACAAGAAGAAGAGUCUAAUCAAGAGCCAACCUACAGAGAUGACAGUGAUGCUGCAACCUUCAAGCAGACUCUUCCAGAUCUUACCCCAGACGAGCCAUCUGAAUCUCUCUGCUUUCCAGCAGUGGACAAACCAAAUGAAGGAGAAAAUGCUUCUGCCGAGGAGGACCUUCCCAAAGUCCACACAGAAACUGCUCCUGAAGAACACAAAGAACCUGAACCUCAGAACGUUGACUCUUCUCCUGCUGCCGCACCAGCUGCAGAGGAAGCGGAGGCGGCUCAACCAGAGGCUGCACAGGCUGAAAACGCACAAGUCGACGCUGGUAGCGACGAAUCUCCCGGCAAAUCCCCUUCCAAAAAGAAGAAGAAAUUUCGCACUCCUUCUUUCCUGAAGAAGAGCAAGAAGAAGAGUGAGUCGUAGAGAGCUGCAGGAACACUGUCAUAUUUCUAAAGAGUUCCAUUAACCACUAGAAUGUACCCGAUCUUAUUGUUUGUCUCCAUUAUAUAAAGGAAUGCCAGAAAAUUCCAUAACCGAUCCUGCUAGUCAUAGUUUGAUUGUGAAAGGUUAAACCAGGAAAGUCACUUCCAUGUAAGGUGCUAACCUGUGUGUUCAGCAGCUAAUGACACAAACUCUUCACUUCACAUGGCUUUUCAGUUGUGAUUGUACAGCUCAGCUGAAUAGCUAAAUGCACUCCAAAUAGCUUGUGAUUGACACUUUCUGUUAACACUCGAGCAUGUCUUAUGUAAAUAGAUGGCUCUUGCUUUGCUCUGCAGGGGAAAAAGGCAUGUACACAUCAGAGCUCAGCACCUUCCUAUAUGUUGAUAAAAAAAUAAUUAACCUUGUGACCCAACAGGCUUGCCGCCAUCCCUUGCUGUGCGUACUCCGAGCUGCUUUACACUCAGUCCUUUACCUAACCAGUGCUUUCAUGGGGUACACUUGGUUCUAGCUGAAUAAUCUAAGCAAGUAAUUGGCUGUUUGCUGGCGUCAUUUGUGCUUCUUCUCACUAGGAACUGCUGCUGCCUUAAUGACAUGGAAUGAUCACCCAUACCACUUCACUCUAUAACAGUGUAGCGGUCACAUUCUUUUUACGUUCACAAGAAUGAAUGAAUAGGAACUUUGAUAAAUUGUAAAAUUCAUUUUAAACAUACCAUCACAUGUAUGCUUUAUAACUGGAUUCCCCCUACCUUUCUUGGUGUGUCUGCUAUCUUCAGAAUUCCAGGCAGUUCUGUUGUGAGUUUUUGUUGGAUCCACAGCAGAACUGUCACCCUAAAAGUCUACUGGAAAGUGAAUGAUUUGCUUGAAAAGGUGUAUUCCUAGCAGCUGUGGGUAGUGCCACUGUCUGCUUGUACAUUUUACCUGCCUCUCUUCCUAGCUGUUUGUCCUUCUGCAGGGUAAACUUAUAAGUGCGAAGGUACAAAAUGGAUCUUAUGAUGCUCACCUUGCAGCUUUAACCAAAUUGCGUACUAAUACCAUGCUUUGGAAAUAUAACAACUACUAUAAGAAGACCACUGCAGGCUAUUGCUUAAUAACCAAAAGCUCUAUGCACAUCUCAAACACGUUCAAACAUUUCAGUUGAAUUGGUUAAAAUUUCCGCUGCAUCCAAUAUUGAGUAAUACAUUACCUGUUUAAAGUAGAGGAUGCCAUUAUGUGGGCUAAACAUCCAGUGAGGAGAAUUCUGCAAGGGGCACGGCCUGGUUGGUAAUUAAUUGGCUUGGCUAGUGAAGGUGAAACUUAAAGGGUCAGUCAAGCUUUUAGGAAACGUCUGGCUUAUCGCAGCUCUUCCUGAUUAGUGGUGCGAUUUGCUCUUUGGAGUUUUGUUUGGCUCUUCCACAGACAUACUCCAAGUGGUAGAAGGCUUUGAGGUUCUGCUCAGCAGUUGCUACCUUUCUUCCACCAAGAUCUGAAAUAUCGGUCUACUGUUAGGAGAAGAUUAACGAAAACCAUGAAAAAAAUAAUAUUGUAUUACUAAGCUGAAUUAUGGUAGCCAUUGAUCCAGCCUACAACCACACUACCAAGGCCAACCCUUGUCAAGCUCUGAACUAAUGUACCUAAUAUCCAUUCAGCCCACAGCAUGACUCUCUACAAACGGUAGGUACAAUUUAAUAUAUUUCUGCUUGGGUUUUCUAACCGCUUUAAAUAAAAUUCACAGAGUCGGUGUAUAUCUUCACAUUUUAGUUAUAAAUACCUGGAAUGCUGUAUGUGUUCAUAGUGAUGACACUUUUUUUAAAAGUUUAUUCAAGGUUAUUAUCGUUUAAAUGAUCACUUACCAGGAACAAUAUACCCGAUUGUAUCUGCAAGUUGAUGUCUUCCAUGCCAAAAUGAUGAAAAUACAUUUUCUUUUAUUAAGCUCAGCCUAGGAAGAAGGUCUUGUUAACUCCCAGAGGUAACCCAGAGAAUUCUGGUCAGCUGUAGCAUUUUACCUGAAUUUUUUUUUUUUAAGAGGAAAUUAACUGUGAAUGAGAAGUAUUACAGGGAUCAAUUUUCUUUUACAUCUCAAGUACAUUCUUUAUAUUGCACUCAGUUUCUUUGGAAAUGCACUGUGCACCCCAACACACAAGUUGUGUUCAAUAUUUUUGUCCAUUUUUUUUUUUUUUUUCUUAAGCCAAUUCUGGCAAAUUGAAACGCUGUUACAGUUAAAAGCGGUGAAUUCUACAAACUAUUCUCAAUCACAAAUGUAUUUGGGGGGAAGGAAAGGAGAAUUCCAUGAACUUCCAUGCCAAGAUUUGGACUUGACCAUGUUAGUGAGGUGUUGGGUCCAACAAAUUGGAUUUACAGGUUUCAUCUACAGCUCCACCUGCUGCUGAUUUCUUGUACUGCAGGCCAUUGGCAGUCAGCAAUUAACUGUGAAUGCUAUUUUUCCUGGUCAGAUGACCUUUAUACAGAGGUCUAAGUUGGUUGUGUCAUGGAAAUCCCCUUGAAAUACAUAUUUCUCAAUAAAAUACAACACUAGGUUUUAACUGGACAUCACAAAUAAAUGGCAUUGUUUUGUGCCUGCCAUAUGAAGGAUGCAGCUCUUUAUAGAAUGUCACUGCCUCAAUCACUUAAACUUCAGACUAUUUUGAAAUAAAUUACUUCAUUUUUAUAUUUAUAUAUGAUUUGACCUACUUUAUUAUUAUGAGGAGGUGAUGUUAUAAAGGGUUGUUUUUUGCAUUUACAUCCUGCAACUGUAUUACUCAUGCAUGUAGGUAAUGCUUUUAUAAUGUAUAAACUGAUGUACUCGUGACUUACGCCCCACAAGUCUUACGCUAGUCCUUAUUCUUCAUACAUUGCCCCUGUCUUGGUAUACAGUAAAGGAAGCUAUUUUGAUUGUAUAAAACAUAGUUUAGGCCAAGUGUGCACAAAUCCUAUACAACACUAUUUCCCCUUUUUGGAGGGGCGUGUGCCUGUUUGUCUGUUCCUUAAAACUGCCUCUUAACUGCUAAAGUCCACAUUAAAGAGCCUAUUCACCGACCACUUGUGUUUCGGUUAUUGGAUGGGCUCCUCCAUUGAUUAUGCAGUUCUUGCCAGAGACUCUCACCUCCUAUUUUUUUUUUUUUUUAUCCUGCAGAAAUAUUUGAGGCCAUUACAUAGAAAAUACAAAAUUGCCCUUGGUGUGCAGAUCCCUCAUUCUGGUUGGGCCAAGCAGGUGGAGCUAGGACUGACCAGAAUGUCCUGAUAUAGGAAGUAGCCACCAUCCACCUACAGGAUUACAUGCCAGUUCUGUGUGGACAGGCCUUAUAAUAAAAACAAUUCAGCUCUGUCAGUAUACUAAAAUAAAUAAUAAUCAUUUGCUAUGACAUGAAAUGCCUCAUACCACUAUGAUGUCAUUUGUUUCUAAUGACCUGAUGGGCUGCUAUACUGUAGAGCAAAAAGGCUUCCUUCAUUGUGUACCUAAGGCAGAGGUAACAACCUGAUGGGACAUCCUACUAUCCACUAAAGCCUCUGGCUUGUGUUACUCUGCAUUGAAAUUUUGCCGGCUUCAUAUGAUUCUUGUGUGAAAGCUUUUGUUUUAUAUUGGUUGAUGCAUAUCCUUCAUCUCCUUAUUUUCCCGAUGAUUUUAAUUCCAGGUCUUUGUAUCGCAGUUUAGUAUAGUAAUGUACUGAUUACAUUUCAAAAGGGUCAUGUAUUAUUUUUUUCCCCCUCUUCUUUCCUCGUACUGUUAUUUUACUCACAAUAAAAUUGUUUAAACUCUAA